AUUUGUUAAAAAGUCUACAAACGCAGCUGCAAUUGGUUAAUACUAUUUUUGACAGCUAGUGACAAUUGUUUUCAUUGGCCCGUAUUAUUUUCUCGUCUCUCACAGUCUCGCGGAUAAAAAUGGCCGUAGUGUUGUCUUCUUGUCGUGCUUCUGUGGUCUAAUAAUUUUUUCGUAAUUCUUUAUUACGUUUUUAUCAAAGAACUUCAAAGUUUUUUUUCAGAAAAGUGCUGACUAACUGAUCGAUUAAGUGUGACAAUGUCUAAUGGUACAAGUCCGAGUGUGUUGAGUUUUUUGAGACAAUACAGGUUCCAGAGGAAACCAAACGGUCCUGCUGAACCCAGCAGCCCAGUAACGGUCACCUCAGCUCCUUCUGGCUCUCAAAUGAUGCAAAAUAAUAAAAUUAGGAUGGCUGCGCCAAACACAGUGGUAGUUAGGAAUGUACCUGUGGUUUAUAAGCGGAUACGGUUGCAAGACUCUGAUUCGGAUGACGCAGCAACCCCUGCCAAGAAGCCUGCUGUUACUGUUGAACUCACAACUGCAGUCAAAGAGAGAAGAUUUAGAAACAUGCUUGAAAUGUUCCCGGACAUAUCUCCCAUUUUUGUCAAAAACACACUAAUAAAACACGGCUGGAGUGAGGAAAGGGCCAGGGACGAGCUGCUGAUGCAUGACCCUGAGAGCAAUGACAGAGGAUCUACAUCCACUUUCUUUGGCUCCAAACCGAGUGUGUCAGGACAGAGUGCACCUAGAAAUUACACUAAUAUGGGGAUAGUUAGAGUGACUAGUGGACCUAAGAUGAAUGUGGUGGUCAGGAAACCCUUGGCUUCCAAGGGUGGAAGGGAUAGAAGGGGUAGCAGUGGAAGUGAGGACGACGACUAUGGCGUCAGAAAAGGGAAAGAUGAUAGAGUUUAUGACAGUGAGGAUUCUGACAAUGAGAUCACAGAUGAUCUCAUAGGAGACAAGAAGAAAGUAUUUGAAUUCCUCAACAAUAGUAAUAUGAAUGAGCUUUCCCUACUCAGUGGAUGCUCACAGAAGAAAGCUGAAGCUAUCAUAUCUUUGAGGCCCUUUAAAGGCUGGGUUGAUAUGGUAGAGAAAUUUAACAGCAACAAGACGCUAAGUACAGAACUGUUGAAUUCCACGCAAGAGCUGUUAACGACUAGAAAUAAUAUCCAGCGGCUGAUGAAGAAGUGUGUCGUCCUCGCGCAGCAAUUGGAGUCCGCCGUGGCGGCGGGCGCGGGCCGACUCAAACAACCCGCCAUAUUGCAUGAAAGUUUGAAGCUUGCACCCUACCAGUUGGUAGGCCUUAACUGGCUAGCAGUGCUACACAAACAGGGCGUCUCUGGUAUCCUGGCUGAUGAGAUGGGGUUAGGCAAAACAGUGCAGGUCAUAGCUUUCCUAGCACAUCUGAAGGAAACCGGCCAGGCCAGAGGAACACAUUUGAUUGUUGUACCUGCUUCCACACUUGACAACUGGAGCAGCGAGUUGUCCCGAUGGUGCCCGGCGCUGCGCGUCAGCAAGUACUACGGACACCCCGAGGAGCGUCGCCAGCUCCGCAUACAGUACGCCAGGGGACUCGAUGACGUCGACAUCGUACUUACCACGUAUACAAUGGUGAACAGUUGCCCGGAGGAGCGCAAAAUGUUCCGCAUCACUCCGAUGCAUUACGUUAUCUACGACGAGGCACACAUGCUCAAGAAUAUGUCCACGCAGCGAUAUGACAAUCUGCUUAAGAUAAAGGCAAGUUUAUUGAUAUCUCGGUUCCAGUCGAAGCACCGCCUCCUGCUGACAGGCACCCCGCUGCAGAACAACUUGUUGGAACUGAUGUCUCUGCUGUGCUUCGUCAUGCCUCACAUGUUCUCCGGGAAAACUGAUGACCUCAAGAGCUUGUUCCAGAAAAAUGCUAAAUCUAAAACAACGAAAAAUGCUGAAGGAAAGCAAGAAGCUGAUGAAUUGCCCUUCGAACAGAGCCAGAUAACGCAGGCUAAGCGUAUCAUGAAACCUUUUGUACUCCGUCGGCUGAAGCGCGAUGUACUACAAGACUUGCCUAAGAAAACUAAUCACAGGGAAUUGUGUCCCAUGUCGGAGAGACAGGGGAUCUUGUACAAGAAUCUUAUUGCUAGCUUUUCUGCUAAGGAUGGAUCGAUCCACGCGACAACAGAACAGAGUGGCAUGUCGAUGAUGAUGGACAUGCGUAAGCUGGCGAACCACCCCCUACUCCUCCGUUACCACUACGCAGACAGUACGCUGCGCUCAGUGGCAGCGAGGCUGGCACGAGACCCUCACUACAAGGAGAACAACGAGCAGUACGCCUGGGAAGACCUGCUCUGCAUGUCCGACUUCCAGAUACAUCAACUCACUCUGCAGUACAGCUGUAUACAAUCAUACUCAUUGCCGGAACACUUGAUCCUGGACUCGGGCAAGUUCCAGAAGUUGGACGAGAUGUUGCCACGACUGAAGGAGGGCGGGCACCGCGUGCUGGUGUUCAGCCAGUUCACCAUGAUGCUCGACAUACUCGAGCCCUACCUCACUAUACGCAGGCACCGGUAUCUGCGGCUAGAUGGCAGCACUGCUGUCACCGAUAGACAAGAGUUAAUAGACCAGUACAACAACGAGGAUAUCUUCGUGUUCCUGCUGUCGACAAAGGCAGGCGGGCUGGGCAUCAACCUUACCGCCGCAGACACCGUCAUUAUACACGACAUCGACUUCAACCCUUACAACGAUAAGCAAGCUGAGGACAGAUGUCACAGGAUGGGUCAGACGCGUCCAGUGACGAUAUACCGACUGCUGAGCUGUGGUACCAUCGAGGAAGGAAUCUACCAGGUCGCGCAGGAGAAGCUUAAUCUGGAGAAACACGUUACUGGUGAUGAUGAUAACGACAAGACGGAACAGAAGAACGUGGUGCGAUUAUUAUCCGCUGCCCUUGGUCUCACAUCUCCUUCCAAAUGAUCAAUGGACAGUGACGUCAUCGUCAUUGAGUGACUGACCAAUCACAAACUAGUGAUACCAAUAUUUGUGCAAACAUUCGACAAUGUUUCAAUAGAAAAUGAAAAAGUGCGCGCUGUGAAUAUUAUAGUGUAUAUUGUAUUUAAAAUAUGAUCAGUUCAUUCGUGAAUUUAAGUGUUUGUUUCGGACGCAAAUUCGGUAAUUUUCUCAUUUGUGUGUGUGAAGAAAAUGUUGGUGUGAUUUUGUCAUUUUCAUAUUGCCAUCCACUGCCUUAUUCAAAUGUCAUAGAGUUCUAAAUAAACGUGUUUAUCCAGGUGAAUAUUCUAAGCUCGCGAUUCUUAAUUAUAGAUGUAAUAUGUCAGUUAUAACUAUUGUUGGGGUUGAUUAUUUACUAGACCUUAUCUCAAGAUGCUUGAGAUGAAAUUCGCUUGAAGAUUACUACUAUAAAUGUGUGUGUCACAUUUUUAUUUUAGGGUGAACUUUGAGCUGUAUAAAAAUAAAAUAUUGACAGUUACAUACCGAUUUUCAAAAUAUUUGCCAAAUGAUUAAUUUAAUAUUUACACUGAAAAGCUGGACUUUAAUAGGAGUAUAAAGAGUAAAAGACUUCUGGAAUUACUAUUUAUUAAAAGACGCAUUAUCAUCUGUUUAUUGUGAAUUGAUGUAGCACCUAUAUAAAUGUAGCAGUAAUGCAAUGAAAGUAGAUUUGACGCCCCUAUUUUAUUUUAUUUAUUUUUACACGCCUAUUAGUAAAUUAUAGUGUAUAUUUACACGUAUUUAUUUUAGUUUCAAUUGUUUUUAAAGCCUUUAUUUACUAUCUAUGAAUAUGUAAAAAUUAUAGACUUAUAGUGGAUAUCAAGAAAGUGUAAACAUUAUUUUGGCAAUGAACGAAACACACUAAAAUCAUCCUGUGUAUAAACCAUACUGAAGUUAGUUGUAUGUGAGAGAGAUGCAAAUAAAUUUAAAAGAACUCUAGUGUGAAGUGAGACAGGGAUUCGAUUGCAGCGCACUUCAGACUGGUUCAUUUUUGUACUGUACUUCAUGAAAGUGUUAAAAUAAAAAUGUAUGAGCGACCUUGUUGAACGUAUUAUUUAUUUGUACGAUAUCGCCUUCCGUGUUUUUCAGUAUUUAAUAAAUAAGCUGAUCUAAUUAUUUGUAUUGAGAUACUGAUUAAAUGGCUGACUACCAACUUCAUGACGUAGAUGACUGAUGCUUUCAAUUGCAGAGAUGUUACAUUCUAGGAAUGGAUGAGCUUUUAUGUGGUCGUGGACCAUUCUAAUCUCUUUUCCUUAGGCAAGAAAGACGAAUUUGCUACAAUAAAAA